AUGUCCCAGCAGCACACACCGCCAGUGCCUGUACCUUCUGCUGUCAAUCAGGAGUUCCUCAAGGCUGUUUCUCCUCCAGCCAGCACCCAUCAGGAGCAAAUGAAGCAGCCAGAUGCACUGCCUGGCCUGUGCCAGAAGAGAGAUCUCUGCAAACCUGAGGAGAAACACAGGACCCCUGAAAGGGGGCUGUCUGAGCAAGAGUGUGAGCUGGAGCCACACCUGGGGCAGCAGCAGGAGCCCCAGGAGCCAGAGAACCAGGAUCUGCACUUGGUACAGCAGCAGCAGGGACCUCAGAAACAAGAGCUGCAUCUGAGACAGCGGCAGCACCCACAGAAGCUACCAGAGCCUGAGCUGCACCUGGGGCAGAAGAAGCAACAGGAGCCACAGGAGCCAGAGCCGCACCUGGGACGGCAGCAGAAGCCCCAGGAGCCAGAACUGCAUCUAGGAAAACAGCAACAGAAGCCACAGGAGCCAGAGCUACAUCUGGGACAGAAGGAGCAACAGGAGCCCCAGGACCCAGAACUGCACCUGGGACGGCAGCGGAAGCCCCAGGAGCCAGAGAACCAGGAUCUGCACUUGGUACAGCAGCAGCAGGGACCUCAGAAACAAGAGCUGCAUCUGAGACAGCGGCAGCACCCACAGAAGCUACCAGAGCCUGAGCUGCACCUGGGAAAGGGGCGGGAGCCACUGGAGCCGGAGCAGCCCCCAGAGCAGCAGGAGGAGCCGCAAGAGCCAGAACUGCACCUGGGACGGCAGCGGAAGCCCCAGGAGCCAGAGAACCAGGAUCUGCACUGGGUACAGCAGCAGCAGGGACCUCAGAAACAAGAGCUGCAUCUGAGACAGCGGCAGCACGCACAGAAGCUGCCAGAGCCUGAGCUGCACCUGGGAAAGGGGCGGGCGCCACUGGAGCCGGAGCAGCCCCCAGAGCAGCAGGAGGAGCCGCAAGAGCCAGAACUGCACCUGGGACGGCAGCGGAAGCCCCAGGAGCCAGAGAACCAGGAUCUGCACUGGGUACAGCAGCAGCAGGGACCUCAGAAACAAGAGCUGCAUCUGAGACAGCGGCAGCACGCACAGAAGCUGCCAGAGCCUGAGCUGCACCUGGGAAAGGGGCGGGCGCCACUGGAGCCGGAGCAGCCCCCAGAGCAGCAGGAGGAGCCGCAAGAGCCAGAACUGCACCUGGGACGGCAGCGGAAGCCCCAGGAGCCAGAGAACCAGGAUCUGCACUGGGUACAGCAGCAGCAGGGACCUCAGAAACAAGAGCUGCAUCUGAGACAGCGGCAGCACGCACAGAAGCUGCCAGAGCCUGAGCUGCACCUGGGAAAGGGGCGGGCGCCACUGGAGCCGGAGCAGCCCCCAGAGCAGCAGGAGGAGCCGCAAGAGCCAGAACUGCACCUGGGAAAGGGGCGGGCGCCACUGGAGCCGGAGCAGCCCCCAGAGCAGCAGGAGAAGCCGCAAGAGCCAGAGCUGCACCUGGGAAAGGGGCGGGAGCCACUGGAGCCAGAGCAGCCCCCAGAGCAGCAGGAGAAGCCGCAAGAACCAGAGCUGCACCCACGACAACGGGAGAAGCCCCAGGAGGUCCCAAAGCAGAAACUAGACUUAGGACAGCAGCAGCAACAGAAGUCACAGGAGCCGGAGCUGCACCUAAGACAGCAGCAGAAUCAGCAGCAGGAAGAAAAUCAGGAAGCGGAAAACCUGCAGCAGCAGCCCAAGCAAGAGAAAGUACAAAGGGAAGAGCAACUGAAGGAGCAAAUGGCACAAGAGAAGAGGCCCUUGGACCAGCAACUGGAUGAAGAGCUGGUAAACAGAGAUGAACAACUCAGAAAGAAUGAGCAGCUUCUGGAGCACCUGGAGCAUCAGAAGGAUCUGCAACAGGCUGUGCCUGCCUCAACCUUUGGGCAGGCGGAAGAGACUGAGCCAGUGACUGGGGGGUGUUUUGCUCCCCACCGGGAAACAGCAGUGGAAGCAAGAGAUGCAGUGACUCCCCCAAAUUAA